GGGGAAGUUGAGUAAGGGUCGUAAAUAGCUUUGGUAUUAGGGAGAGAAGAAGAUUGCAUUUUUUCCCGAUUACUAUCAUUUCUUUCAUGAUGGGAAUGGUAUUAGUGGUGGUGGAGGAGGAUGGGGUUACCCUUCAGACGAGAUAAAGAAAUCAGAUAAAGCAAACAACAGUGAAAAACAAAAGAACGGGGAAGAGAAAAGAUGUCCCCUUUGAUUGGUAUUGUGGCGUCUGUUUUGUCAAAAAGGAAGUAACAUAAAAACAAAACUCGUUCCUUCAACGAUAGUCUUACUCUCUUUCCCUUCAAUUUUUUUAAUCUUUACCGCACGCUUCUUGUUUACUAGAUGUGAUAUGUCUUCUUCAAGGCUAGUUUUCAUGUAAAUUGGCUCUCUUCAUUUUCAUUUGAAAAAAAAACUAUUUUGUCAAGUUCUUUUCUGUUGUAGUCUAGCAUUUAGCAAAGGGUGUUAAAAAAUGCCGAUGAAUCAACCAUCUACUCGAAGAGAAGCCGACAUGAAGCUCGACAGCCAAGUUUUAAAUCUAGAAAUGGCAAUGAAAGAUGGCAUUUUGGGCGGCGGUUGUGGGGUAAUAUCCACCGGUUUUGCGUCAGAGAAAUUGGAUCUGAAGAUAAUGAUUGAAGAGCUUGAGUCCAUAGAUGUGCCAUCGGUUUUCAUAUGUCCAAUUUCUUUGGAGCCAAUGCAAGAUCCGGUGACUCUUUGCACUGGCCAAACCUACGAGAGAUCCAACAUUUUUAAAUGGUUCUCCUUAGGCCGUUACACUUGUCCCACCACGAUGCAAGAGCUUUGGGAUGAUUCCCUGACUCCAAACAAGACGCUUCAGCAACUAAUUUUUAGUUGGUUUUCUCAGACGUAUCUGUCGAUGAAGAAGAGGUCAGAGGAUGUGCAAGGAAGGGUAAAAGAGAUUUUGGAGAAUUUGAAGAAAGUUAAGGGCCAAGCUAGAGUUCGAGCUCUUAAGGAGCUUAGGCAAGUAGUUCAAGCUCACGGGGCCUCUAAGAAGACUGUUGUGGAAAAUGGAGGCGUUAGUUUGAUUUCAUCUUUGCUCGGUCCUUUUACAACGCAUGCUGUUGGGUCAGAGGUUAUUGGAGUUAUUGUGAACUUGAAUCUUGAUUCCAAUUCUAAGUCUGAUUUGUUGCAGCCUACUAAAAUAUCUUUAAUGGUAGAUAUUUUAAAUGAAGGGUCGAUUGAGACCAAGAUCAACUGCACGAGGUUGAUUAGGAUGUUGAUGGAAGGGAACGAUGUUGCAUCAGAAAGUGUUGCAAGUUUGAGUCUUUUAGUUGGGUUGCUUAGAUUAGUGAAAGAUAAGAAGCACCAAAAUGGGGUAUUGGCUGGAUUGAGUUUGCUGAAAGUAAUUUGUUCUCAUGAAUCGGUUAGGAACUCUCUUGUCAACGUUGGGGCAGUUCCUCAAUUGGUUGAGCUGAUGCCUGGUUUGAAUAAUGAGUGUUUGGAAUUAGUCCUUUAUAUAUUGGAGCUUUUGUCAAACAUUCCUCAAGGAAGAUUGGCUUUGAAAGAUUGCCCAAAUACCAUACCAAAUGUGGUGAAAUUAUUGAUGAAAGCUUCAGAAAACUGUACGCAGCUUGCAGUGUCAAUACUGUGGGCCAUUUGCAAGUUUGCUCCCGAGGAAUGUGCUUCACUUGCUCUGGAUGCUGGCGUGGCUGCCAAGCUACUUCUAGUUAUACAGAGUGGUUGCAAUCCUGUUUUGAAGCAACGAUCAGCCGAGUUGUUGAAAUUGUGUAGCUUAAAUUACACGGUUACCGUCUUUAUUUCCAAGUGUAACCUCACGAGAACAAUUCAAUGAAGGAAAAUUGCAGCUUGUUUGUUAUUCUAGACUCUAAUAUCAAUACAAGAAUGGGGCUGACGAGCUUCCCGUUUCCAAUAGCUCCCAAGGGAGAGGGGUUUCUAAGGAGCCCUUUGCUCUCUCUCAUCUGUACACAAAAGAAUUUCCAUCAUGUUAUUGUUUUCACAUCGAUCACCAGCAAAAUGUGGACUAGAGAAUUGAAGUCGGUG